AUGAACAUCAGGUUAAGGGCUGAACUGACCCAGGAUCUAGGACCCAGGAGACACCUGCACACUGGACAUACACCAGGCAGAAAGGGGGAACUAGAUGAGGACCUGAGGAGAGUUAUAAAGAAUCACAAAGCCAGUCUGAAGAGGAGGUUUGAGAACAUCUCUGAAGGCAUCAUCAAACCAGGAGCUGAGAUACUCCUCAAUAAGAUCUACACAGAGCUCUACAUCACAGGAGGAGAGAGUGAAGGGGUGAAUAAGGAACAUGAGGUUUGGCAGGUAGAGUCAGCGUCCAGAUCUCAAUCCACAGAGGACACACCAAUCAACUGCAACGACAUCUUCAAGCCCUUACUUGGACAGGAGAAGCACAUCAGAACUGUGAUGACCAAAGGUGUAGCUGGAAUUGGAAAAACUGUCUCAGUGCAAAAGUUCAUUCUUGAUUGGACAGAUGGGGUAGCCAAUCAUGAUGUAGAUUUUAUGUUUCCUCUUUCUUUCCGUGAGCUUAAUUUAGUCAGAGGUGAUCAGUAUAGUCUUCACAGGCUCCUGCUUGAAUUCCAACCUGAGCUGAAGGAGCUAAAUGAUGGUGAAGGAUACAAAGACUGUCAGGUUUUGUUCAUCUUUGAUGGUUUGGAUGAGAGUCGGUUGACUCUGGAUCUGGAACAGAUCAGUAAGUUGUCUGAUGUGAAAGAAACAUCAUCAGUGGAUGUUGUGAUGACGAGCCUCAUUCAGGGAACUCUACUUCCAUCUGCACUCAUCUGGAUAACCUCACGACCAGCUGCAGCCAGUCAGAUUCCUGAUAAGUACAUUGACCAGGUAACAGAAGUACGAGGAUUCAAUGACCCACAGAAGGAAGAAUACUUCAGGAAGAGAAUCAGUAAUGAGAGUCAGGCCAGCAGAAUCAUCUCACACAUUCAGACAUCCAGGAGUCUCCAUAUUAUGUGCCACAUUCCAGUCUUUUGUUGGAUUGCAGCUACUGUACUUCAGAAGAUGCUGGAAAAUAACAUCAAAGACAUUCCCAAAACACUGACUGAAAUGUUCAUACACUUCUUGCUCAUCCAAACCACAAGAAAGGAUCAGAAGUAUCAGAGUGGAUCUGGAAAAGAUACAAAGAAACUUCUGGAAUCUCAGAGGAACAUUUUACUGAAGCUGGCAGAACUGGCUUUCAAGAAUCUAGAGAAUGGCAACCUCAUGUUUUAUGAGGAAGACCUGAGAGAGUGUGGCAUUGAUGUCAGUGAAGUCUCAGUGUACUCUGGCAUGUGCACUGAGAUCUUCAAGACAGAAAAUGUGGAAUCUCAAAAGAAGAAGGUCUACUGCUUUGUGCAUCUGAGUGUCCAGGAGUUUCUGGCAGCUGUGUUUGUGUUUCACUCGUAUUUGGAGGAGAACCAUGAGGCAUUGGAAUCCCUCUUCAGUGAUGAGCACAACUUACAUGUCUUACUUAAGAGUGCAGUUGAUAAGGCUUUGGAGAGCCAGAACGGACACCUGGAUCUCUUCCUUCGCUUCCUUAUGGGCAUUUCUGUGGAGAGCAAUCACAGACUUCUGCAAGGUCUACUGAGCAACACACACAACAGUUCUCACAGUAUUAAGGAAACAUGUCAGUACAUGAAGAAGCUGAACAGAGAAGGUCUCUCUCCUGAACGAUGCAUCAAUCUUUUCCACUGCUUAUUUGAAAUGAAUGAUGAUUCCAUGCACAAAGAAAUUCAGACAUACUUGUCUUCACCAAAGAACAUCAAACAGAAGUUAUCUCCUGCCCACUGUUCAGCACUGGCCCACAUGCUUCUGAUGUGUGAGGAUGUGCUGGAGGAGAUUGAGCUGAAGAAAUACAACACAUCAGAUGAGGGACGCAGGAGACUGCUCCCAGCUGUGAGGUGCUGCAGAAAGGCACAACUUGCUGGAUGCAAACUCUCAGAGAAGUCCUGUGGAAUUGUGGCUGCUGUUCUACAGUCACCAAACUCCCUGAUAGAGCUGGACCUGAGUCACAAUGACCUGGGAGAUUCUGGAAUCUAUCUUCUCUCUAAGGGACUGUCUAGUCCCCACUGCAAUAUGCAGACCUUAAGACUUGCUGAAUGCAAACUCUCAGAGAAGUCCUGUGGAAUUGUGGCUGCUGUUCUACAGUCACCAAACUCCCUGAUAGAGCUGGACCUGAGUCACAAUGAUCUGGGAGAUUCUGGAGUCCAUCUUCUCUCUAAGGGACUGUCUAGUCUCCACUGCAAA